AUGGACACAGACCAGGAGGUUCAUGGAUGGUACUACCUUCUUGGGGAAGAGCUGGGGAGAAAGAAGCAUCUUAAAGUGCCCACACAACACAACUACCACACCACCGAGGCUGUGCUGUCAAACCAUGGUGCUGCCGCCGAGACCAAACGCCCUGAGAAUAUGCAAUGCUUAACAGUGACCAUCCUUCGAGGAAAGGAUGGAUAUGGCUUCACCAUCUGCUCAGAUUCCCCCGUGAGGGUACAGGCUGUUGAUCCAGGGGGUCCAGCAGAUCAGGCAGGUCUGCAACAGUUGGACACUCUCCUGCAGCUAAAUGGUCAGCCAGUGGAGCAGUGGAAAUGUGUGGACUUAGCCCACGCUAUCAGAAACAGCGCCAAUGAAAUCACAGUGGUGGUGUGGCGUACCGGUCCCUCAGCUAAGCCUAACUUUGAGGGCCUCAUUCACCGGCCCUCCUACAAGCCCUCCACCUCAAACUAUGAUGCCCCCUCGCCCCCUACCCGCAGGCGUGUACCAGAUGUUGGCACCAGCAAAACCCCCCCAGCUGUGCCGCCUCUCCCAGCCCACCACCGUGCCGCUGCCACCCGCAGGCUGCUGGUCAACGGCUCCGAAGCCGGAAAUAGCAGUGGUGUAGGGAUGGGAAGCCUGGCGUGGGGGGCCCAGGGAGGGUCAGCCGAGGAGCUGGAUGGGAAACCGCGACACCUCCACCACCCUCACACUGCCACACUGAAGGGUACCAGGGUGAAGGCAUCCAAUGGGGACAACUACAUCAUCCUGGCGCCCAUCAACCCCGGAAGCCAGGUACCGCAGACUGGUGGUGGGCUGCACCUUCAUCAUCUUCUUCGUCCUCCUCAUCCUCACCACGGUCAUAUGGUGGCUCAUCCUAGAUAUGUGUCCUUACCUUUCAUCCCUGGUGCUGAUAGAUAGAAGGACUGUGUUUACAGUAUGUGUGGGCCAUUUGGGUUACUGCUGUCUCACUGAUUUGUGCUUUACGACAUGUUUUGAACAUACUACACAUAGUUCAGUCAUGAAGAUAUGGGCCAGAGACUAGGAAGCAAUAGUAGGCAAUAAUAUAUAAAAUGCAGUUGUUGAUAAUACAUUGUUUGUCUGUACUAUGUGAAGCACUGGCAGUUAAACACAGUUCAUAUUAGGAAAACAAUGCAUAUGUAUCUGACAUCAUUUAUCUUACAGGUAUCCUAUAGAUAAAUCAUCUGUGUGCCAUAGAUUAUACAUCACUAUUUUAAGACAAAUAGUUCUGGUAUUUAAGAAAGAGGAAAAAAAAAUAUAACAAAAUUAUUACUUUAAUGCAUACUUUAUGAAAAUUCACAUACACUAUUCCAAGAUUGGUCCAUUGCAUCAUAUGCAGUUUUACAUUAAGUAUAACAUGUAUAUACAUGGACAGUAUGACAUGUACAUGACGUUUUAUAUAGCAUGUACUUAUGGUUACAUCUAGUGACAUCAUGUAUAUGAGGUAAAAGCUUUCAUCAUAAAAACAAAAUAAAGGAAACUCAUUAAAUCAAAAAGACUGAA